ACUCUAUAAAUCCACAUAAAAACCAACUUAUUUCACAACCAUUCGAAAACUCCUACAAUCUAAAUAGAGAUCAGAAAGAGUUUUCCUUUUUUUUUUUAAAGAAAAAAAAAAACAAACAUAAGAGAGAUCAAGAUGGCAAGGAGAAAUGGUGCUUGGGUUCCUAUAAUUGCCUUUCUUCUUGGCCUUAUUGCAGUUGUUCUCAGUUUUCUUGCUUAUUCCAAAAGGGUUAAGACCCAUCUUUUUGGGAGAUUAUUUGAGUGCACAUUCGGUCCUCUUGGCCCUCUCUUUAAAAGGGUACGGUCUGAUGAUAUUGGGCAGAAAGAAAAUGGUGCGUGUGAAUAUCCAAGCAGUGCGGCUUGUGUCUUGGGUAUUUUUGCUGCAAUAUUUCUGUUGGCUGAGCAAAUCAUAAUAAGUAGUGGUACCACUUGCUUUUGUUGUUGUGGAUCACGUCUUUCUUCUACUUGUUCUACUAUUGCUUCACUCAUUCUCUUCAUCAUUUCAUGGUUAACAUUUGUGAUAGCAUUCUUGGGAUUAAUAUACACAGCCAUUCUUAACAACAAGAGCUACCUAACAAAAACUUUUUCCGGAGAGAAUGGCGACAUUUGCGAAAUAGGGAAAGAGAACUUGUUCCUUGGUGCUGCGUUUUGGUGUAUAAUUACCAUUUUUUUAGGCCUCAUUUCUUAUGCUUUAUGGGUUUGUGGAAGUGCAAAUGGAAAGAGUUAUCAAAGAACGGUUAAUUCAGCUAAUCAUGGGGAUGGUAUUGUUAUGGGACAACCGCAUACAAUGCAAUAAAAGUAAGGACAUUGAUCAUAUCGAUUGAAAUUUAUUUAUGUAGACGAGAAACUGAUUCAAAAAUUGAUUUUUAUAUUUGUAUUUUGUGUUCGGAAAUUAAAAUUAUUGUAUGAAACA